AUGAGCGUGACAUUGUCAGGUCGCCCCACUGCCGUUUGCCUCGGCAUGGGCGCGGCUGUGUUAGCCUCAGUUUCACUUUCCAGACACAAUGUCGGUUUGUGGCAAGCCUUUCGCCGUGCGUCUGCAAAUUGCCGAGCGCGGCGCAAUCUGUACAACAACACAAAUAGAUGUACGCACGAACAGCUGCUUCCGUGCACCGUGGAGCAGGGCCAAAUUAAUUCGAAUCGACUUAGCAAGCAAAAGAUUACGGUUGUACAGCUGAAUAUUCUAGCGAGUAACUUGGCUACACGUAACCAUUUUCCGUACGUGCUAGAGUCCAGUCUUAACUGGGAGAAUCGCAAAAUGACACUGCUGCGACAACUGGAUGCGCUGGACGCUGACGUUCUUUGCCUAGAGGAGUUGAGCGACUACUGGACUUUUUUCAAACCUGAAUUACAGCAUCGAGGGUACGACAGCGUAUAUUUAAAGCGGCCAUCCAUCCACGUAUCUAAUUGGUCUGGUGAGAAGAAGCAUGACGGCUGCGGUAUUUUUUACAAGAAGGAAAAGUUUGAGCUCAAAGAAUUUGAGGCUGUGAAUUAUCAUGAUCCACAUGACCGGGUGGCUGUUUUGGCGCUGCUCAAGAUGCGAAAAUUCGCUCAGUUUGUUUUGAUUGGGUGCACGCACCUAUGGUGGAAUGCCAAAAAAGUAGAUCACCAGAUGGCUGAGCUUUACGAGCUUGAGGAAGAAAUUAUCCGCAUGAGCAGCGAUGUUCAAGAUAAAUACAAUCAUGACUUAGCCAAAACCUUGACUGGUCAGAAUAAAGUCCCGAUCGUACUUUGCGGUGACUUCAACAACUCCCCUGAAUCUCCAAUCUACGAUUAUAUGGAAAACUCAUUUAUGCAAAAGCCUAAUCUGGAAGGAAUAAGCGAAAUUUUUCGUAGCGCAUAUGCUUUUUACAAACCGAACGCGCUUGCAAGUGCAUUGAAGUCCUCGGACGAGGCGAUUGAUGUGGAAGAGGGCAAGAAGUCUGAGCCGCCGCACACAACUGUAAACUACAGGCGAUGCUGGACAAUUGACUAUAUCUGGUACACUAAAAGCAGUCUAGUGCCUUCACGAGUACUAGCAAUACCACCUGAGAGCGAAUUACGUGCAGAGGAUGGACCAGGGAAUUGGUUUAACCGUUUAGUCAUGUCGGACAACGUGAAUCGUUUGGGGCGCUUACCAUCGGGUCUGCAUGGCAACUAUAAUGGAAUUCCCAACUCUGUUUACGGCAGCGAUCAUGUGCCCAUAAUGGCCGAAUUUGAAUUUCUCUGCGCAACUGAAGAGAAAUUAGUUGGUUGA